GGAGAGGGGUCACCCUGUAGCCGAACCACACAAAUGCCAAGGCCGCUUACGCCAUAGGAAGACCCAAGCACUAAGCCAUGUUCCAGGACACCUCCUCCUAUUUACGGAAUGGUUUCUCCGGUCGGCUUAGAGCUGACUGGGCACUUUAGCGUCUCCACCUCCUCCACCGCCUAGCACCAGGAAAGGAGGAGUCAAUAGAGGAAUGGGAGGAGUGAGUGGCACGAGGGGCGGAGUUCUCGGAGGGGGCGAGGCUGGAGGUGGGGCCCUUGACCUGGAGAGAAGAGUGGGGAGGUGUGACUUAAGAGUGUGGCCUGAGAGGGGCGUGGCCACGUUGAGGCAGGCGGAAGCUAUGAGCCCUGCUGGGCCACGUGGGGGUGGUAGCGGGCCACCGGGCUGAAGCGCCAGGGUGCGGUACCCAAGUCCUGGAUCUCAAGCAAAGCGGGGGUCAAGGCGGAGUGGGCGGGGCGGGGGCGGGGCCGAUCCAGGGGGCGGAGAUGGGGAGUCGGGUGAGUGGAGCCGAUUUGCGCUGGAGUAGACGAGGCAUAAGCCGAAGGACAGCCGCGGGCCGCGUCGUUUCCCUUCCUUUGCCGGAGCAGCAGCCGCCACAGACGACGCGGACUACGCGGACGCGGACCCAGGAGCCGAAGGCGGGCACUGAAAACAGCAUGGCGGAGCAAGUGGCCCUGAGCAGGACGCAGGUAUGUGGGAUUCUCCGGGAAGAGCUGUACCAGGGCGAUGCUUUCCACCAAUCAGACACGCACAUAUUCAUCAUCAUGGGAGCCUCGGGUGACUUAGCCAAGAAGAAAAUCUACCCUACGAUCUGGUGGCUGUUCCGUGAUGGGCUCCUCCCUGAAGAUACCUUCAUCGUGGGUUAUGCCCGUUCUCCACUUACCGUGGCUGACAUCCGAAAGCAGAGCGAGCCCUACUUUAAGGCCACUCCAGAAGAGAAGCAGAAGCUAGAGGAAUUCUUUUCUCGCAAUUCUUAUGUGGCCGGCCAAUACAACGAGCCGGCCUCCUUCCAGCGCCUCAAUGCCCACAUGAACUCCCUGCACCAUGGGCCCCAGGCCAACCGACUCUUCUACCUGGCCUUGCCACCCACUGUCUACGAGGCUGUUACCAAGAACAUCAAAGAAACUUGCAUGAGCCAGAUAGGCUGGAACCGGGUCAUUGUGGAGAAGCCCUUUGGGAAGGAUCUGCAGAGCUCCGACAAGCUGUCCAACCACAUCUCUUCACUAUUCCAUGAGGACCAAAUCUACCGGAUCGAUCACUACCUGGGCAAGGAGAUGGUACAGAACCUCAUGGUGCUGAGGUUCGGUAAUAGGAUCUUUGGACCCAUCUGGAACCGAGACAAUAUCGCCUGUGUGAUCCUCACCUUCAAGGAGCCCUUCGGCACCAUGGGCCGAGGGGGUUAUUUUGAUGAGUUUGGGAUCAUUCGUGAUGUGAUGCAGAACCACCUCCUCCAGAUGCUUUGCCUAGUGGCCAUGGAGAAACCCGCCUCCACCAACUCUGAUGAUGUCCGUGAUGAAAAGGUGAAGGUCCUGAAAUGUAUCUCAGAGGUGCAAAUGACUGAUGUGGUCUUGGGCCAGUAUGUGGGGAACCCAAAUGGAGAAGGGGAAGCCACCAAAGGCUAUCUAGACGAUCCCACGGUGCCUCAGAACUCCACCACUGCCACCUUUGCUGCCGUGGUCCUAUACGUGGAAAACGAAAGAUGGGAUGGUGUCCCUUUCAUCCUCCGCUGUGGGAAGGCCCUGAACGAACGCAAGGCUGAGGUGCGGCUGCAGUUUCGGGACGUGGCUGGUGACAUCUUCCAGCGCCAGUGCAAGCGGAAUGAGCUGGUGAUCCGUGUGCAGCCCAAUGAGGCCGUCUACACCAAGAUGAUGACCAAGAAGCCAGGGAUGUUCUUCAACCCUGAAGAGUCUGAGCUGGACCUGACCUACGGCAACAGAUACAAAGACGUGAAACUGCCGGAUGCAUACGAGCGCCUCAUCUUGGAUGUCUUCUGUGGGAGCCAGAUGCAUUUUGUGCGCAGUGAUGAGCUUCGGGAAGCCUGGAGGAUCUUUACGCCCCUGCUGCACCACAUCGAGCGGGAAAAGACCCAGCCCAUUCCCUACGUCUAUGGCAGCCGAGGCCCUCCCGAAGCAGACGAGCUGAUGAAGAGAGUGGGCUUCCAGUAUGAGGGCACCUACAAGUGGGUAAACCCCCACAAGCUCUAAGCUGGCCUUCCCUGUGCCCGAGUCAGUCCGGAGGCCCACUAGUCACUUCCCCAGACUCCAUGCUCCUCUCAGUAUGUGGGCCUCCCUUCAUGCCAGUCUGUCCUCUCUAUCCAUCCCCUGUUCAUGUUCUACACGCCUAGCAACUCUCGGGACCAUGGGACCAGGAACCUGACCCUGGGGGAGAGGGAGGGCCCUCUGGGAAAUUCCCUGGCCCCCUCCACUCCCAGCAGCCUCGGGGCCCCAACCACUAGCUCCUCACCCUGUUUACAGCCACACUGGGUCACCCCUUCCUGCAUCUGCCACUCAGCAGUGCCAGACAUACUUCCACCUGCUUGGGCUCCCAGAGCCAGCUACAUUCCAAUACCAGCCACUGGAGAUGGCCUUUGUUUCCCUUUGGGACUACAGCUUUACGAAUACAGAGAAUUAAUUACUAGUCUCCCCA